AUUACACUGAACUUUUUAAGUGUCGGUGCUGUUUUUAAAAAGCUGUCGGGCUCGAACGCGUGCUUCUUGCCGUUGAACGUAACCGGCUCGUCUUGAGAAAACGCGUUGCGGCGGUUCUUUAAGGAGCGGCUCUCUAGUUCGCAGGCCGCGAGCAAGCACAGCACAGCACGCGCGAGGCCUUUCCCCGCGCGCACUGACUUGACUGAAAAGAGUGCCCCCUGUUUAGAUCCCCAUCAUGGCAGAUCCAGAUCUUGAUUUCACCAGCGGAGAUGCCGGGGCUUCGACCACUUACCCCAUGCAGUGCAGCGCCCUGCGCAAGAACGGGUUCGUGGUUCUGAAGGGUCGUCCCUGCAAGAUUGUCGAAAUGUCCACUUCCAAGACUGGCAAGCAUGGUCACGCAAAGGUUCACAUGGUUGGAAUUGACAUUUUCACAAAUAAAAAGUAUGAAGAUAUCUGCCCCUCCACCCACAACAUGGACGUGCCUAACAUCAAAAGAAAUGACUACCAGCUGGUUGAUAUCAGUGAGGGAUUCCUUUCUCUUAUGAUGGACAACGGAGACGUGCGUGAAGACCUGCGUGUGCCAGAAGGUGACCUGGGCAAAGAAAUUGAAAGCAAAUUUGCAGCUAGUGAAGAGAUGUUGGUUACUGUGCUUUCAGCUAUGGGCGAAGAAUCUGCUGUGGCUGUCAAACCCAUGACCAAAUAGGAAGAAAGACUGGGCUGCUCAGGCUGCAACAUGCUACACUUUAACAAA